AUGGCAGAAAAAUAUGACUGCAUCCCAGAUGUUGAUAUUGACACAGGAAGGUUCAAGUACAUUUUGAUCCGAGUACAUCCUCAUGGUCAGCAGGAAGCUCUGAAAUACUUGGUCCGGGGCUAUCAGUGGGCAGCAUUUCAUGGAGACAUUUAUGAUGAAGUCUCACCAGAGUUGUCAAAACUAGGCCUAGUUUGUGAAUGUGUUGGCGGAGGGCGUAUCAUCCAUGUGCCUGAGCAGAAGAAAGUUCAUGUGUUUGGAUACUCGCAAGGAUAUGGACGUGCUGACCAUGCCAAAACAUGUGAUCUUUUGAAAAAAAAGUUUCCUGCCUAUACAGACAUCACUUGGUCAGAUGAGGGUUAUUGA